AUGCGCCUCGUCAACACCCAAACCAUCCAACUCGAGUUUCUCAACGACGACAAUGUCCCCGACUAUGCAAUUCUUUCCCAUACCUGGGAACAAGAAGAAGUCCUUUUCCACGACAUGGGACGUGAUAGCGCCAAAUUGAAAAAGGGCUACGCUAAGCUUGAGAGCUGCUGUCACGUAGCGCGCGAAAAUGGCUUUGGGUAUAUCUGGGAUGAUACCUGUUGUAUCGAUAAGACGAGUAGUGCGGAACUGAGUGAAGCUAUCAAUUCGAUGUAUCGGUACUAUCAAGAGGCCAGUAUUUGUUACGUAUACCUCGCAGAUAUUUCCGCCGCCUCUGAAAUAUCGAACAGUAGAUGGUUUACCAGAGGAUGGACAUUACAAGAACUCAUUGCACCAAGCUCAAUGAUCUUCUUUGAUAAGCAUUGGCGCCGGUUGGGUACUAAGACAAGCUUGGUACAGGUGCUAUCGCAAAGAACAAGCAUAGCAGAACAUAUACUUUGUGACAGCGAGGAGCUGGAGACGACUAGUAUCGCACAGAGAAUGUCGUGGGCAGCUGACAGAGUCACAACAAGAAAAGAAGACGGCGCAUAUUCUCUCAUGGGUAUCUUUGGGAUCAACAUGCCCCUCCUCUACGGCGAGGGCGACAAGGCAUUCUAUCGUCUUCAAGAGGAGAUCAUGCGCGUGUCAGACGAUCACAGCCUCUUCGCUUGGAAGGCCAUCAGUGCUCGCGGCGGUUUGCUUGCCCCAACGCCAGCAGCUUUCAAGAACUCGGGCGAUAUCAUCCCAUGGAAUCCAUUUACGCCGUAUAACAGUCCAUUCACGAUAACCAACAAGGGGGUGCACAUGGAGGCACCGUUUAUCGCGCAGGAUACGUCCGGUCGGGGCCUUUGCGUUCUUCAUUGUACGACGAUUGGGACGAGGGAUAGGUUGAUUGCAGUCCAUUUGAGGGAUGUGUACCUGACAAUGGAGCAUUUUGAGAGAUGUAGGACUGAUGAGUUGGAGUGGGUCAACUUGGACAGCUUCAAUCUCACACAGUACCCCGUGCGGUCUUUGUGUAUACGGCUCCACCUCCCAUCCACCUCCAAAAGACCACGGCAUAAAGAAGAGCAGGCUGAUGCACUAUCCGAUGCCAGUACAACUGGUGAGCGCAAUGGCCUCUUUUCACUUCCAGAAGCCGCUUCAGCAGGCGACGCUGGGACAGUCUGGUUCCUACUAGCCCAAGCCUCAUCCGGAACCAUGCACGAUCAGGCCCGCUCAGCAAUCUGUCUCGCUGCUCGCGCUGGCCACGAGCCCCUCGUCAGCCAACUUUUGGCAAGACGAGACACAUCUACUCUCAUAACCGACAGCGAAGGUCGAACUGCUCUGUCCCACGCUGCAGAGUGCGGCCAAGAAGCCAUCGUCAGAUUUAUCCUGUCCAGCGCCAGAAUACAUCCUGAUACAAGGGAUAUACAUGGACUAACAGCGCUGUGGUAUGCGGUGUACCAUAGACACACUACCUGUGCAAAACUACUUCUCCAGAAAGGUCUAGUCUCCGGCAAUGUCGGCGGUAGCGGUAAUACACAAACCGCUCUUUGGCACGCUGUCUCAUCCGGCGAUCUCGACCUCGUGAAACUCCUCCUGCAGAACAAGGCAUUACAAUCUGCUGGAGGCGAACCAAUCCUCUGUGCAGCAGCAUCCCACGAAUACCCCGCCAUAACCGAACUCCUACUCCAGCACGGCGUCGACCCAGAAGAACGAGAUACAAAGAGACGAUCCCCGCUGCACAUCGCAUGCAGACAAGAUAACCAGGAGAUAGUAGCUCUGUUAAUGAGACACGGCGUCAACGCUGACAGGCUGGACCCCACGGGUAAAACGGAACUGGCGUUUGCGACGAUAAGGGGUAAUGUGGCGUUGGUGAAGGUCUUACUUGAGAAUGGGGCGAAUCCGAGGGCGAAGUGUGCGAAUGGGAAAACGGUGGCGGCUUAUGCGACGGGGCAGGAGAUGAAGAGUCUGAUUGGGAAUCAGAGGUGGUACAAGAAGUUGCUUGAUAGGACGAGUACGAAUCGAUCGGCGUUGUCGUGA